AUGAAAUGGGCGGACCUGAGGCGGGGUCUGGUGGGCACUCUGCACCGCCACCCCCGGCACCGGCUGCCGCGGCCACACUGCCCCUGGUCUCCCCGCUUCGCGAGUCCCCGGCCGGACUGGAGUCCGCUCCAGAUCCGUCCCGGGUUUCCUCCGCGGCGCUGGGAUCUCCGCCCCUCGGAGCCGCCGGGCCGCGGCGGCAGCGGCGGAGCUGCCGUGAAGCUGGAAGCCAACUGGGCCAUAGGCACAUUGGAGGUCCUUAACCCAGAAAAAGAUUCUGCUUCAGAUGUGAAGAUGAUCUCCAAUGUCCAGCCACAGGAGACCCAGGCCAACUCCAGGUCCGGAUUAGGGCUUGAGGCUGAGACCAAGCCUCCAAGGACUGAUCCAGGGCAUGAAGCCCAGUUUGAGGAGGUGCCGGCCAUCUGGAGGGGCGGGGCGGGGCGAGUAAGGGGGUGCAUCUCCGGUGGCUUGAACUACCUCCUGAAUGGCUAUCACAGCUGGCCCCAGGAUCUGUCUCGCCUGGAGGUGCAAGCCAAGGGAAACAGGGGUGUGAUCCCGCUGGAGUCGGUGAACUUGAUCGACGCUGGGGAGGGGCUGCGCUUGGCGCCCUGGGAGCGCAGCAAGAGCGUGGCCCGGCUUCUGCAGAGCUUCUGCUCACAGCUGGUCAAACGACAGCAGCUGGGGGUCAAGGUGGCCCAGGAGCUGAAGGAAUACCGACUCGUGACCCCGCAGGGGAUCCUUUUGCUUUGGUUCAACGCGUUGGCGCUGCUGGCGGGCCUGGGCGCCCGGCUGGCGGUUCUGCAGGCCUCUGGCACCUUGUCGCCGCUGCCAGAGGCCGUGUCCGAGGCAGGCGGUGAAGUGGCACGUCUUCUGCUGUCGCCUUCCUUGCAACGCGACGUGCUCCGGGAGGGACUGGACCCGCAGCCCUACCAUCCCAAAAGAAGCAACCUGCGCCUUCUGGCGGCGAAAGGCCAGGAGUGUCGCGUGGACAGCCUCGCGCGCCCGUGCGUGCUCACGCUGUGCACGAGCCCCUUCCCUACCCCGCAAGGCGGUGACCGCCGGUGGCGCUCCCUCAACAUCUACUGCUUUGGCAGCGACAUUGCGCAAGUGCAGAGCCAGCUGCUGGGGCACCUGCAGCGCCUUCUCACCGGCCUCUACGUCUUGUGCCAACUCUUCCUGACGCCCCAGCUGUGGUCACAGCUGGCUUAUUUACCAGGCCUGGGGCUUGGGCUGGUCCAGAGUUAUAUGGAACAAUACCAGCUGGAGGCCGACACGUGA